GUGUGUGUGUGUGUGUGUGUGUGUGUGUGUGUGUCUCCUCUAGUCAGGCAGAGGUUACACAGCAACACAAGCGGAUCUGUGAGGAACCGAACCUGCUGGUUCAUCAGAACCGUCUGCGCUGGACACGGGUGGACCGAGUUCGAGAUCUGCGUGGCUUGGCAGCGGUUCCUCGUGGCAUGACGACCACUAGCAAAGGAAACAAGGCCUUGAAGGUGAAGAGGGAGCCCGGCGAGAACGGGACGAGCCUGACGGACGAUGAGCUGGUGUCCAUGUCGGUCCGCGAGCUCAACCAGCACCUGCGCGGCCUGACCAAAGAAGAGAUCCUUCAGCUGAAGCAGCGCCGGCGGACACUGAAGAACCGGGGCUAUGCCGCCAGCUGCCGCGUCAAGCGCGUCACGCAGAAGGAGGAGCUUGAGAGGCAGAAGGCGGAGCUACAGCAGGAAGUGGAGAAGCUGGCUUCAGAGAACGCCAGCAUGAAAGUGGAGCUGGACACGCUGCGCUCCAAAUACGAGGCUCUGCAGAGCUUCGCCAGAACUGUGGCCCGAGGGCCCGUGGCCCCGGUUUGUAACGCAGCCGUCCCCGUAUCCCCCCGAGGGCCCUUGGCCUCCGUCAUCGGGCCCCUCGUUCCCGGGAAGGUGGGAGCCACCAGUGUUAUCACGAUAGUUAAAUCGAAAACCAAUGCGAGGUCUUAGUAGCGCACGGAGAGCAAGGGUUGGUCAGUGCAUGAGGGUUUAGGUGCGGGACGCUCCUGAUGGAAAACCCCUUCAGUACUCUCUAAUGUGGGCUUUUUCUGGGUUACAAACGAAGGAAAGCACAUCUAGGAUGGUCAAUUCACUUGGGCUUCCAAAACGAUCUCCAAAUUGCUAAACUCGAAUCUAAAACCAUGCAGACAAUUUUCCUGGUGGAUGUGUGUUGUAUUGCUGUGAGAUUUGUAAUUUUUGUACAAACUUCGGCGACUUUGUAUCGUGCGUUUCACAUGGGGUCCAAGUGUUUUCUUUGUCAUUGUAAUAUUGUACUUUUUAUACAGCGUUUGUGUUGAUUUUCACUUCGUAUGUGCUGUUGCGCCAUUUUUCCGUCCUUUGGUUUUACGGACUGCAGGCACAAAACACUUUAAAACUCUUCCACCGUCUGAAGGAAAAGCUUUCCGCGGUAAGAGAGUAUCAGCCAAUGAGAAGCUCCCUUUACCUGAGCCUCAUUUAUGCACUGACCAAUCGCUGACGAGCAGGAGGAGAGGAGGCGGAGUCAAAUCAGCUGAUGUUGUUCAUAUGGUAGCUAUCAGAAUCUGACACCAGUUUAUGCGCUCCAGUCGUCCGUUUCAGGACAGGAGAUCGUUUUUAUUGGCAAGGCAAUAACAGGUUUAUGUUAUAUGAGGUUUUGUGUUGUUUAUUUCAUGCUGUGCGACCUUCACGCUGAAGGUUAUCAUGUCUGUCGUUGUCUGUAAAUCCAGAAAGAUGUAUACUUUUUGUGUGUGUGUGUGUGUGUGUGUGUGUGUGUUCUGUGCCAGCUUUUGGACUAAAAACAAGAAAAAAAAUCCAAGUUUCUGUUUUUGAAGGACGGACUGUUGCGUGACAUAAACUGGUGAAUCUCACAAGCUUUACCAUAACUUUGUUGCUGUGACAUUGCGUAACGUAUUCUAAGAAUCUUUGUCUAUAUGGUGGAGUCUUGAAUUUUAUAUAAAAAAAAUGACAGAGUAUCUCUUGCAUUAUUUAUAAAACAUUUAAAAAAGAAAUAUAAAGUUGUUUGAUAGCUCUCUUUUUUGCAAUUGUACCAAAAGUGGCUUAACUAUUGAAGUCAAUAGCUUUUUCUAGUGGCUAGGCGCGUCAAACUGUGGAGUAGCGCGUGUGGUGUGAUUUGUACUGGUGAGGUGGCGGUGUUGUUUACGACGUGGAUGUGAAGCUCUUCUGAUUUCAGACGAAUGCGUGCGAUGAGCGCCGCUUACCCAGAAUCCCCUCUGAGCGUUUGUGCGCUCCAUGUUUAAGUGGACGGGACGCGAGCGCGGGGAUCUCUGGGACGCGGCCGCAUCGCCUGCGUUUGAGUCCUUUUAUGUGACGUGUGACUUUUAUAUAUUUUUGGUGUAAAAUGUUGCUAUGGUAUAUUAUAUUUGUUGUUGUUUUUUUCUUCUUUUUUCGGGUUGUUUUCUUUAAAUGCCAGGGAAGUGACUCUGUCUGCACUGGUUAAAAUCUUGCUGCGACACUGCUCAAAAUAUUCCUUUUCUCGACCUUUAAAAAGGUUUCGUCCG